UUAGAUAUUGCCAGCUCAAUUAGUGAAAUACUAAUUUAAGAGAAAUUGUUUAUGUAAGGGAAAAUGUUUUAUUUUUAUUAUGAUCUAUGUAACACGUGACUUCGAUAAAAGAAAAAAAUGUUAUUAUGCUGGUUUAUUUGUUAGUUUUAGUUUUUAGCGCGGUACAUGCUUCUGAGAGUGAGAAAGUAUUUGGUGGAAGAUAUGCCAAAGAUGGGGAGUUUCCGUUCGUCGUAUCUAUCCGUGGGAAAAUAAUCUGUGCUGGUUCUUUGGUGACUUUGGCUAAAGUUGUGACCGCUGCUCAUUGCUUGAAUGUUUUCCAAAGCGAGCAAGAUAGGGAUGAUAUCAGUGGAUUAUAUGUCACAGGAGGAUCUGUCAAUUUGGGGAAAUUCAGUGGUGGAUUAGAAGUAAGGACAGUAAAUAGUAUCUUGUUGACUGGUGAAUAUGUUCCAAGAUCGCGAUUCCACGAAAGAAUCGACAGUCAUGAUAUCGGCCUGGCGAUGUUAAAUUCUCCAUUUGAUUCGGGAAGAACUUUGCAAGUCAUGAACCUAGUUUCAUGGAAUGCCACGAUAUACAAAAAUAGUUGGGACGAAAUUGUUACUAAAGGGACGAUUUGCUAUGCCAUGGGCUGGGGAAUGACGGUAUAUCGUUUGAACAAUUUUGGAACAGAUGACGUUGCUGCUGAACCAUCUCCUAUUUUGAAAGUAAUCCAAGUAAUGCCUGCGGAUAAUGAAUCUUGUUCUAUGUUGUUUCCACGAAAAGAAGAUAUGACGAUGUAUGGGGAAAUCUGCGUUUACUCAGUUAAAAAUUCCGAGACGAUCUGCAACGGGGAUUCUGGAGGCCCGUUGGUCUGCGAUGGACGGCCUUAUGCAUUACUCAACUACGGUCCGAGAUGUGGCACUACCUUUUCUCAUCAGGGUUACCUUCUGUAUUGGUACUACUUGGACUUCUUAACACUUAGUGGUACUCAUUUGUUACCAUCAAAAUGGCUGAUAUUCUUCCCUUUAUCUUUUCUCUUGCUACUUUACCAUGCCUAAAAUUUUUGUAAUAAAAAUGUCUUGCAAUA